UCUGUCUCUUUAUUUAGUCUGUCUUGUUAUCUGGACAGUGAGGCAGCCUCGCUGUGCUCCGUGCAGAGGACACAGGGAGGGUGGAAGGCUGAGCUGUCAGAGUGACUCAAGGAGAGGUCGGUCCAAUUUACCUGUGUUCUUGUGGGAGCUGCCUGUCCAUCACUGGGGCUGAGCUGCCUGCUACUUGUGGAUUUAUUUCUCCUGUGAGUGACACCUGGGAGAGGUGAGGGAAACCUGAGUGGAGAGGCAGGAGUCGGCUCCCCCUGCUCCUUCCGUCCUGUCUGUGUGGAUGACCUGUGCCCCUCUAGUUUGCUCCAAAGCACCAUGAACAAGAUGAAGAACUUUAAAAGGCGCUUCUCUCUUUCUGUUCCCCGCACUGAGACCAUUGAGGAGAACGAGUUCACCGAGCAGAUCAACCAGCUCAACAUACACCACACACAGGAUCUGACUCCAGACAGGCUGGGUCCUCCUUCUCAUGAUGCCAGUCCUGUGAGUCCUGAACCAACAACACCUGGAGCUCAGUCUCCAUCCCACCUCCAGUACCAUAGUAAGGCCCAGCACAGACGUUUCUCUAUGGAGGACGUGAGUAAGCGAAUGUCUCUUCCCAUGGACAUCCGUCUGCCUCCAGAGUUUCUCAAGAAGCUUCAGCUGGAGAGUGAAAACUCUCUGCCCUGCAAACCUCUCAGUCGCAUGUCUCGCCGUGCUUCACUGUCCGACAUAGGCUUUGGGAAACUGGAGACAUACGUGAAGCUUGGCAAACUGGGGGAGGGAACUUAUGCCACAGUGUUUAAAGGACGAAGCAAGCUAACAGAGAACCUGGUGGCGCUAAAGGAAAUUCGACUCGAGCAUGAAGAAGGAGCACCCUGCACUGCUAUCAGAGAAGUGUCUCUACUGAAGAACCUGAAACACGCCAACAUCGUCACGCUGCACGACAUCAUCCACACCGAACGCUGCCUCACUCUGGUGUUUGAGUAUCUUGACAGUGACCUUAAACAGUACUUGGACAACUGCGGGAAUCUCAUGAGCAUGCAAAAUGUCAAGAUCUUCAUGUUCCAGUUGAUGCGAGGCCUUUCUUACUGUCACAAGAGGAAAAUCCUGCACAGAGACCUUAAGCCUCAGAACCUGCUCAUCAACGACAAGGGGGAGCUAAAGCUGGCUGACUUUGGUCUAGCGAGGGCCAAAUCCGUCCCCACUAAGACUUACUCCAAUGAGGUGGUAACUCUAUGGUAUCGGCCACCUGAUGUGCUGCUCGGCUCAACAGAAUACUCCACACCCAUUGACAUGUGGGGCGUGGGCUGUAUCCUGUAUGAGAUGGCCACAGGUCGUCCCAUGUUUCCUGGAGCCACAGUGAAGGAGGAGCUACACUUAAUUUUUAGACUCAUGGGAACGCCAACAGAGGAGAGUUGGCCGGGUAUCAGCAACAACGAGGAGUUUAAGACUUAUCUCUUUCCACAAUACAAACCUCAAGGACUCCUCAACCAUGUGCCCAGGUUGGACUUGGACGGGAUUGACCUGCUGUCUGCUCUGCUGCUGUACGACACCCGGGGAAGAACCACUUCUGAAGCCGCUCUACAACACCCCUACUUCCUGAGUCUGGGGAAUAAUAUACAGAAUUUGGCAGACACUGCGUCAGUGUUUUCUCUCAGAGAGUUGCAGCUCCAGAAAGACCCCGGCCAUCGCAGCUCAGUGUUUCAGCCUUUAAGAGGAAAGAACCGAAGACAAAGCAUCUUCUAGAGCUCACAGAGGAGGAAGAGAGAGACACACAGAGAGAAGAAGAGGAGCUGCGUUUUUAUGACCACAGCACUCACAAGGCCUACACGCACACACACACACACACACACGCACGUGCAUGAACACACAAACUCAUGUGCACUCACUCAUUUCCAAGCCAGCUGACACACAGGGUUUACUGGAAAUAAUGUGCACUGCACUUGAAGUGACUGAGCUAAGAUAGACACUCUCUUUGUCCACACACAGACAGUCAUUUACAUAAAGGUCCUUCUACUAACUGUUACUGCGUAGUUAUCAAGGUCCUUAUAAGUGAUGACACAUAGGACUUUAAAAGUGUUUAUUAUAGCAUCAUUAAAGAGUUUAUGGCUAGAUCGUAUAAUUGAAUAAUCAACCAAAACAUAUUAAAAGAGCAAGUAGAUCAUACUUAAUGUGUAUGUAAUGCUAUUAUAAACAAUAAUAGAAACUAAUGUUUUAGUAACAUUAUUUAUUAGUCUAUAACUUGUCAAUAAGUUGGUAGUAGUGUCUAUAUUUUACAGUCUAACGAUAAACAUGUUUUUGAUGCUAUUCUUAAUGCUUAUUCACUCUUACGUAUGUCUUACUGUAUGCAGUAACAUAUAAUUAGACAUACAUAAGAAAAAAAGGACACAACUUGUUUCAAGGACCUCACUUUGAAGUGUUACCCACAUUUGCACACAUUUGCACAAUCAGCAACACCUAACAUGCUGCCGUUACACACACACACACUUGAGGUUUAUACGUUUUCUGCUGACACACACACACACACACACACACACGACUUAAACCCAAGAUAAAAUAGACCUCUAGGGGAAAAAAAAAACACUUCUUGGCUGUGUGACAGAAAAGCCUUUUCAUAUACACAAGCUUGUACAAAUUUCUGUUCAGAGCACACCCAGCUCUUCAGCCGGCCGAGGUAGCUACCACAUCUGAAACCAUUACACAGGUGUACAGAUGUAAGGGUUGAGGUGUCAGUUUAAAUCAAAGUAAAGUAUUUUUUUUAAAUUCCCCAAAUAUAAACCCCGUCAUUCCCUUAAAAAAAAUCAUGAUAAGACACCAAAAAGGUUUCAAGGUAUGCUCAUACUUUAUCCUUUAUACCUGACCUCACUGUUAAGUUACGCUUAUAAAGACAGAUUUUAUUCAUCAGAUUUUAUCAUUAUGAUAGACUACAAGUUACAACAUUUUAACAUAAUGUGUCCAAAGAUACUAGAACUUGUAGAACACCACAAGCAGUGGCGGAGCAAGACUAUUUGGAUGGAUGACUGAAAUGUGAUGGAUGCAAACCUACACAAAUGAAAAGUGUUUAUUUACCCACUGAUCAUACCACCUUUAACAACUAACAUUCAAGUAAGACUUUAUAUUCACGGGUAUCUUAUUAACCUUAAAAAGUAAAAAAACAGUGACAAUGUUUAAGUCUUCUAAAGUUAAUUCUUUAAGGACCAGAGAAGAAGAUGUAUGUCCAAAGUAACAAUUUAAAGUAUGAAGAAAAAUACAUUUACCACACCUAAAUGCAAAGCUCAGAGCAGCUGCUGCAACUCAGCACAACAAGUUUAUCUACAAGUCACACCUCUAACAAGGCAAACAACUGAUACUACAAGUACUGUACGGUUUUGGAGAUGAGGCUGAAAAAAAGUGGUACUGGGUGUUGAAUGCUAAUAGACACUUGCUAAAAAGAAUAGCCUUUGGUUGUGUAUCUUUACAAAGAAUAGAUUUAAACUAUCAAAUGAUUUGUUCCGCUGUACACUACCUUAAAAGCGAAUUGAGUGGCAUUAAAAUGUCAGCUCAUGCUACAUAUUAGCUCAUGUGUAAUGUUGGCUGAUAAUGGUUAGCUAUAGUGGAAUAAUAUGUCAGCUUGCUUAUUAGCUAAAUCUAAUUUAAAUAACUACAUCUCUGUCACAAGUGUCCUCAAAGUUUUACACACACACAAGAAGCAGUUUGGAAAUAGUAGCAACAUUGAUUUACGUUACCUCCGCUCACAUGAACACUGAGCCUAUCAAACAUACUCGUGUCCACAGACUUGCCUUGCUACGGUGUUUCAACUCAGUGUGGGGUGUUGUUCCAUACAGUGUUAAGAGCUGACUUUCACUCCAGUUUUUGAAGUUGCCUUAGUAAAAUGUGCAUGAUAUCUUGGCUUGUUAAGACUCUAUAUUUGAUCUAGUGUAGCCAAUGUGUUUGGAGGCAUUUGCUUUGUGUGCGUAAUAACUCUCAGUAUGUGAUUUUAAUCGUCUCCUAUAUUGCACAAACCAGAAGUGUCCUCUGAAGCCUGCUCCCUUCCCUUUGUGUCUUAUACCUUACGUGGCUCUGAUCAUAACACAGUAUCAAACCAAAUCCCCUCGAGCCUUGAGCAGUUAACUUGGGAAGUAUGCUCAACAAGUACUUUCUAUUGUAGCAAAUUACUCUCAGUAGGACUCACCACUUCUGUUUAUAUUUAGCACAGCUCUAAUACACCUACUGCAGUGUGUGAAAGAACACACUGUAAAACUGACUCACAAACUGUACAUAUCUGCAGAAGCCAAACUUUCAAACAGUUUUCAUCGAACGACCCUCACAGUUCCUUUGUGAUCAGCGCCGAGUCCAAAGAGUAUUCAUCUAGAAGAUGAAAUCAUUAGCAGACAUUUGGCCUGUGUUGCUAAGAUACACUUUUAUUCCUCUCUCCUUAAUAUGUCCCGACUCCCUCUUUAUCUCCGACCUCCUUCUCCAGUACAACUGAAGGAUCCACGUGUAAACCAAUGAGAAAGGGUUGAGUUGUCAUAAUAACUGGUGGGAUGUGAUUUAAGUUCAUAUAGUGCAAUAUAAAAGAGCUUCCUUAAAGCCGUCAUUCUUCCAGUCACUAACAUGGUACUGUGCUUUAAGAUAAGCAAAUGUUUAGAAAAAGAGUUGUAAGGAUGCAUGUACAUUCACAUGUCCAUCAUACAUAAGAUAAACGGGGGACUGGUCGUUGACUGUUUUUAUUGCAUAUAAUCAGGAGGGUUUGCCUUUGUCAUCCAGAUCAUGCAAUAUUCAAAAGUCAAAGGCAACUGGACUUCUCAUGGCUUUGUUUCAUUUUUACAUUUUUACCUUCACCUGAGAGGAGUACUUGGUUCUGAGGUGUUCAGUCAUUAACAAUGAAACAGCAUUAAUCAGAUAACUUAAGUGUUCAUAAACAGUGGCGUUUCUAAAGUCUGUGGGGGCCCAAGGUAGAAAUUCACAAGGGGCCCCUAACCAUCAUUAUGUUAUCAAUAAUCUGAACAGCAAAAUACAAAAUGUCAACGUUUAGUUUUAGUUCAGGACUAAAGAGCAACUUGACAGGUUAUAAGAUGUUUAAUACCGUAAAUACUUACUCACAUUCUUCAGCUAACAAGUCAACGACUGCUCUCUUAAUUCAUGUUAAAUUAAUAGAACAAAUGCCAAACUGUAAUGCUUGCAGAAGAUAUGUCAUUCAAGUGUCUCUUCCCCACAGAUAAGGCUACACACACGCUCAUUUAUUUUUAUAUUAAUGGUAAUGUGUGACAGACUCAGAGACGCACACAGAGAAUUCCUCUUCAUUUUACUUUUAAACAAACUUGUUUUUCUGAUGAAUAAUGCAUGCCAUGCUUAGCAGCGCAACAAUAGUGAGUGCUGUCAGAUGGGGCCGCCUUAGGGAGAUUUCCUACUGUCAUUGCAAACUUUGCACAUUUUGAGACACUGCUGGGGUUUAAAGUUUUAUCAGCCCUUAGGGGCCCCCUAUACUGGCCCGGGGCCCCAGGUAGUUGCCUGCGUUGCCUGUCGACAAUCAGCGCCUUUGCUCAUAAAGAUCAGAAAACAGAUUAGCCAGAAGAAAACAACACAUGGUUAAAAGUUUUAUGAUACAGCCACCAUAAAAGUUUCAACUUACAGCUACCAAUCUUUUUUUACUUUUGUUUUUCUUUACAGCAGCCUUACAUGCCCACUACAGCGUUAGUGAGCAAUAGAAAGUCUUGUCUAGAUCAGAGCCUUCAGUCAGCACUGAGGGAUUUUUGUUGAAAGGCAACAUUUCUAGAAUAAAUACUGAAAAUCCACAGCAGUUGACUCUAAAUAUAACUUGUAGAUCCGCUGCUGACUGAGACAGCGGACGCAGUACUUCUGUAGAACUGGUUCAAAUAUGAAAAAGUUAAAUUACAAAGCUAGAUAUAUUUAAGUUUAUCUGUGCCUGGAAAAUAAAGUAUGUUAAAUUAAAUAUGGGGAAUUUAAAGACAUUGAAUAAAGAUGUGUCUUUGAAUAACUUUAUAUCACAAUCCUCACAAUGCUGAUCACUCAAUAUCAGGAAGAGACAAACAUCAUAUGUCACCGUCACCAACCUAUAUGUUACCUCGGACGUAGUGACACAAAACUGAUGGUUUAUGUAAACAAGAAAAUAAGCCCUUUGGACAUGCAUUAAUGAAGAGAUGUCAGGGGGCUGCAGACGCCCAAGGCAGUUGUUGGUUUGUGCUUUGCUCAAAGGCAUCUCGGUAGAGUCCCAUGUCAAUCCUUAAGUUGACGCCACUGUUUGUCAUCGACUCAACCACGGACGUUUGGGUAUUUCAUAUCACAUGUAUAAAAUGACCAAACGUCAGUAUCUGACAGCCUGGAAAGAGGACAAGUUGUGCUCCUUGGUUUGUCGACGUCUCGUCCUUCCCAUCAGAUUUGAUCAUAUCAUUUUCACAGACACAUUAGGUGUCACCCUAAGGGUAUUACAUAACAUUUAAUUUGGCCAUUAAAGCCGAAAGCAUCAUAGCACACACUGACAGCGUUUUAGUUUUUUUCUCAAAGGGGUGCUCCUAUAAGUUUGAACAUUCAGAAAUGUGUUUGGAGUAGUUAUAACAGGGUGGAGGACCCAUGAUCUAGAUGAUUGGAUCCACAGAAGCGGGCAGUUCAUCAGGAAAGAUGCAAAUAAAUGACGCAUGGAGACUGUUGAGGGAUGGCAGGGGAAUACGAUACCCAGAGUUUGGUCCCCGUUAACAGAGUGUAUGAGCCCCUUAAGUCACACAUGAUCCAAUCAGAGGGAUUUAUGUUUGUGUAUGGAUGAGCAGUGACGGUGAAACAUAAGUUGGACACUGAUAGUUUUUCUACCUCUAGCAGAGAGUAAAGCUAAUGGAAGAAUGAUGUGGUGAAAUCCAACCCUGUUUUGACCUGAAACAAAGGUGAAGGCAACAAGGAGAGAAAUUAAAUUUCAACAUGCUUGCACCUCAGAAGGAAGAAUAAAUGUGGAUGUUACCCUCCCCCCCUUCUUUCCCUCAGUGGCACAAUUAUUACUGUGUGUGUUAUAGUUGUGGUAAAUUAAGCUAUUUUAAAUACUGUAAUAAAAAAAAAAAGAAAUAAUAUAUGUAUUUUAACAAAUGUUUCCAUUUUUCUCAGUGAGGUUUUAUGCCAUUCAAAAUAGAGCACUGUAUUUAAAAAGACUGCAGACUAUGUCUAAAUGUUUUCUAUAAGAUAAGUUUAGAUUUUGUAUGAGAUGUGAUAUUUUGUGUGAUCUGUCAGAACUGUUAUCAAAUGAAAAAUUGAAUGUACUGUGACUGCCAACAAGGCAUAAAAUUGAUUUAAUAAUCAAUUCAUUAAUGAAUAAAUAAAUUAUUGACAUUCUGGAACACACUCA